AGCUUCCGUGUGCCGCACUCUGCAGCUGCUGCUGUGGGCUCCACACGGACGAGCCUAGUUUCACUGAGCAGGGCUUUGAUCCAGAGGUUUCGUUCCGUUUUAAACACAACUUUUCUGCAGUAGACACGAAGUGCUCAUGAUGAACACUCUGAACCAGCAGUAUGAGGAGAAGGUGCGUCCCUGCAUUGACCUCAUUGACUCUCUUCGCUCUCUGGGUGUAGAGAAGGACUUGGCGCUGCCUGCUAUCGCCGUGAUUGGAGACCAAAGCUCGGGGAAGAGCUCUGUGUUGGAGGCGCUGUCGGGGGUGGCCCUGCCAAGAGGAAGCGGCAUUGUGACGAGAUGUCCUCUCGAACUGAAGAUGAAGAGAAGGAAAGAAGGAGAGAACUGGUAUGGAAAGAUAAGCUACCAGAACUAUGUGGAAGAGAUAGAGGACCCUGUACAUGUGGAGAGAAUGAUUCGAGAAGCUCAGGAUGAAAUGGCCGGGGUCGGGGCGGGGAUCAGUGAUGACCUCAUCAGUCUGGAGAUCGCCUCCCCUGACGUUCCAGACCUGACGCUCAUUGACCUGCCCGGCAUUGCCAGGGUGGCCGUGAAAGGACAGCCAGAGAACAUUGGAGAGCAGAUUAAGAGUCUGAUCCAGAGGUUCAUCACAAAACAAGAAACCAUCAGCUUGGUGGUUGUUCCAUGCAACGUGGACAUAGCAACCACAGAGGCUUUGAAGAUGGCCCAGGAGGUGGAUCCAGAUGGAGAGAGGAGUUUGGGUAUCUUGACCAAGCCUGAUCUGGUGGACAAAGGCACAGAAGAGACAGUGGUUGACAUUGUCCAUAACGAGGUCAUUCACCUGAAGAAGGGCUACAUGAUCGUCAGGUGCAGAGGUCAGAAGGAGAUCACAGAGAAGGUGUCUCUUACUGAAGCAAUAGAAAAAGAGAAAGCCUUCUUCAGAGAUCAUGUGCAUUUCCACACUCUCUACAGUGAGGGCCAUGCCACUGUUCCUAAACUGGCUGAGAAACUCACGCUUGAGCUGGUGCAUCACAUUGAGAAAUCUCUGCCUCGACUGGAAGAGCAGAUAGAGGAGAAACUAGCACAGACUCGUGCAGAGCUGGAAAGAUAUGGCAACGGACCCCCAUCUGACGCAGCUGACAAACUCGUGUUUCUCAUUGAUAAAGUGACAGCGUUCACUCAGGACGCCAUCAGUCUGACUACAGGAGAGGAACUCAAGUGUGGAGAGAGGCUCAACGUCUUUGCUACGCUCAGAAGAGAGUUCGGGAAGUGGAUUGCUCACCUGGACCACUCAGGACUAAACUUUAACAAGAAGAUCGAGAGAGAGGUGGAGGAGUAUGAAGAGAGGUACCGUGGGAGAGAACUGCCAGGCUUCAUCAACUACAAGACCUUUGAGUUUAUGGUCAAGGACCAGAUCAAACAGCUGGAAGAACCAGCUGUCAGGAGACUCAAGGACAUUGGAGAUGCUGUAAGGAAGGUGUUCAUACAGCUGGCCCAGAGUAGCUUCACUGGAUUUCCUAACCUUGUGAAAACAGCCAAGGCCAAGAUCGAAGCCAUUAAGCAAGAAAAAGAGUCCACAGCUGAAUCCAUGCUGAGAACCCAGUUCAAGAUGGAGCUGCUUGUUUACUCUCAGGACAGGACCUACAGCAGCAGUUUGAGCGACAGAAAGAAAGAGGAGGAUGAGGAUGAAAAACAGAAUGUCCACGUACCACGUAUUGUUAUGCCAGCAUUGCAAAUCAAGGGUGCUGUGCACAGAAUGGAUAACCACGCAACACUUCAGGAGUUGUUGUUGCACCUUAAAUCGUAUUACAAAAUUGCCAGCCAGCGCCUGGCUGACCAGAUCCCCCUGGUGAUCCGCUAUCAGAUGUUGCAGGAGUCUGCUGUCCAGCUGCAGAGGGAAAUGCUGCAGGUGCUUCAGGACAAGGAGAAUUCAGAGUUCUUGCUGAAGGAGGAUCACGACAUUGGCAGCAAGAGGGCUGCUUUGCUGAGUCGCCUGAAGCGCCUCACUCAGGCCCGUGCGUACCUGGUGGAGUUCUAGAGGAGGUCAAGGCCUGACAGCUUGAGUCUGCUGUACCUCUUUCAUUUGUCAAAUAGUACAGUCCAGUAGUGGCUGUAGGAUCAUUAUACUUUUAAUUUGUACUGUGUCAACUGUGUAGUAAUAGCUAAGUCAGAACAGGUCAAUGUGGCACACAUGCACAUGUGGAGUUAUGUUAAAUGUACUGUAACGUGUAUUACCAUUGCAGAACUUUAAAUGGCUGUUAUUUUGCACAGUAAAAUUUGAUGAUAGGACCAUACUGAGUUUCUGAGAUAUACCUAGUUCAAUUCUUGCCAGGGAACUUUGACAUCCCCAGAAAAAAAUGUACAAAUACUUCUGCUAAUGGCUGGGCCAGCUGAAACAAACAGGUGAAUAAUGUUUCUUGAUGUAUAAUUACCAUGUUCACAUUUAUUUCAGUAAAUUUUCAACCAGU